AUAUUUUUCUGCACAUAUAGAAAGAAUCGAUGCAGAGCCUUUAGGCGUCCGGGAAUAGCUAUUAGCUCCACAAUCAUCUCUCUUCAUAUAAAGAUUCGCAAUUGAGGAAUAGCUCAACAGUCAUCUUCAUAUGAAGAUUCGCAAUUGAAGCUUUUCCAGAGGUUGAUACCCAUUUGUGAUAUUAUUGGCCCAUUUUGAAUAUCCAGGAGUUGGGUUUAGCUCCAUCAUCGUAUUUAUACAAUUUAAAGAUUCCCAAUUGAAGCUGUUUCAUAGGAGUUGGGUAUAGGUCCAUCAUCAUCUUCAUACAAUCUAAAGAUUCGCAAUUGAAGGUACUUCUGAGCAGGGAAGGUGAUCAGCAUACAGCAGGAUGGUGAACUCUGAGGAGACCAAAAGAAGAGUAGCAUUCGUGUUAAUUGAUGGCUUGGGUGAUGUGUCACUGCCGAGGUUUGGUUAUAAGACCCCUCUAGAAGUAGCCCAAGUACCCAAUUUGGAUGCUAUUGCUUCUGCUGGAGUUAAUGGUCUUAUGGACCCUGUUGAAGCAGGCCUGGCAUGUGGAAGUGACACAGCACACCUUUCUCUAUUGGGCUAUGACCCAAGAGUUUAUUAUCGAGGUAGAGGUGCAUUUGAAUCAAUGGGAGCUGGAUUGGCUAUGUCACCUGGUGAUAUUGCUUUCAAAUCAAAUUUUGCAACCUUGGAUGAGGAAACUGGGAUUGUCAUCAGUAGGAGGGCUGAUCGUCACUUUGAAGAAGAAGGGCCUAUCCUGUGCGCAGCAUUGGAUGGAAUGAAGUUGCCAUCAUUUCCCUUGUAUGAAGUUAGAGUCAGGUAUGCGACAGAGCAUAGGUGCGGAGUGGUUGUGAAAGGACCAAACUUGAGUGGAAAUAUAUCAGGAACGGACCCAUUGAAAGAUAAUCGCUUACUCUUACAAGCUGAAGCACUAGAUGGUACUGACGAGGCAAAGCACACGGCUUCAGUUGUUAAUGAAUUAUCCAAGGAGAUGUCUCGGAUUUUGGCUUCUCAUCCUUUAAAUGCUAAACGGGCAGCAGAAGGAAAGAACAUUGCCAAUGUUGUCCUCUUACGAGGUUGUGGUAUACGAAUUGAGGUUCCUCCAUUUGCCGAGAAACAUGGGUUGUGGCCAUGCAUGGUAGCUCCAACUAAAAUAAUAGCAGGCUUGGGCUUAUCGCUCGGAAUUGACAUCCUGGAAGCUCCAGGAGCGACAGGAGACUAUCGGACACUCUUGACUUCUAAAGCAACUGCAAUUGCUAGGGCACUCUCAGCUCCUCUCCAGUCUUGCCCCCAUGUUUUUGUACCAGGGGAGGAUGAACAUAAACCAGGCCGAUCAGAUGGCUACGAUUUUGGGUUCCUUCACAUUAAGGCAAUAGAUGAUGCAGGUCAUGAUAAAGCAAGUGUUUUCAAAGUCAAGGGGUUGGAGGCCGUUGACCGAGCCAUAGGGCAGCUGGCCAGGCUUCUUUUGGAGGCUGAAUCAACUGGGAAUUUCGAAUAUUUCCUGUGUGUCACAGGAGACCACUCUACUCCAGUCGAAUAUGGUGACCACAGCUUUGAACCUGUUCCAUUUACAUUGUGCCAAUUAAAGGACUUUGUGUGUGCAGUUGGUGGGGAGUCCGUUGUUAUGGAAGUUUCUCCUGAGCCAUUUCCACUUCCCACAGUAGAAGCUGGUGAAGAUUUAGCUGAUCAUAUGUCGUUGGAGGAAUCAAAAAGAAGUGGGCAGCUUCAAGCUUUUUGUGGUGAUUCAGUUUGUGAAUUCAAUGAGAUAGCAGCCGCAAGAGGAUGUCUUGGGCGUUUUCCUGGUGGUGAGAUGAUGGGAAUUAUAAAGACAUUUCUUAAGCUUAAACCAUGAAUUUCUCUCUUUGGACUUCACAGGUUGGUGUUGGGUUCUGUGAUCCGGUCCUACAUAGGAAGAUUCCCAGUAGGGGUGUAUUUAGAUGAAAUGAAUAACUAUGAUCUGAUGAUUUGGAUCAUCCAAUUUCGGGGGCGUUCAGGACAUUUUAACAGAAUAAGUUCUAUA